AUGGCUUCGUGGACAACAUACUCGCACCCACGUAGAACCUCUACAAGCACCACCAUCACCACCACACCAAAACCAACUCUACGCCUCCAAGAGCUCCGCAACGAAAUCUACACGCUCCUCCUGACCCCGUCCACCGUGCCUCUCUCCCGCCUCGCUGCAUCCGGCCAAUCCCACCAAACAGGCACCCAGCACGUCCUUCUCCCCUCGUCAUCUCCACCAAGCCUCUAUCCAGCCAUCCUCUCCACCUGCCGCAAAGCGGCACAGGAAGCAACCCCCCUCCUCUAUACGUCCCACGUCUUCCACGCGCACAAUUCCCUCCUUACUUCAUUCCCCCAUCUCACGUCAGCAUCUCGCCCUGUCCUGCACCACCAAGUCAUCAGCAUGAUCCGUCGCUGGCAUAUCACGCUGAGACUGGACACGGAUCCUAGAUUCACCGCCGAGCAGGCGAAGCUUGCGUUUUCCGGCGUAGAGUAUCUUGAGGUUAGGGUGUGGGAGGCGCAGUUUGAGAUGUGUGAUUAUUUGGUGCUGGGGCUGUUGAGCGGGGUUAGAGGGGUCAGGGUUGCGAGGGUUGGGGGGAGUGUUGGAGAAGGGGUUGCGAGGUGGCUGGAACGCGUUAUGAUGAGUGAGGAAGGGGUGGACCAAGGUGUUAAGAAGGAGGAGAUUUUGGAAUUGGGGAAGCAGGAUUGGAGGGUUGCAGGGCAUUUUUGUGGGUAA